UUUUGGGGGAGAACCCCAUGGCUCACGUGGGAUCUUUGGUGGGUCCCGAAGCUGCACGGGAGAAUCUUCUUCGGGCCAACCCGCAGUGGAGGGUUCCUGGAGCUGAGGAGAGGAACCCAGCUAUGAUGGCUCAGUAUUAUCUGAAUGAGGCUGUUUUCUGGUCCUCGUUCGCUUCCGAGUGUAGCUCGGUUGAGGAGAGGCAAUUGAGGAGGUAUCAGGAGGCUUAUGCUCGUGAUAUCCCUGUCUUGGACCAGAAGGCUGGGCAGCUCAUGGCCGAGAUGGUGGACCUCAAGCUACUGUACCUUCAGUACAGUCGUGAGGCUAGGGAAUCGGCUGAGCAGAUCGGGGCCGAAGUUGGGAAGCUUACUUUCCGAGUCGAGGAGGAUGCUGAAAAGAUAGCUUCCUUCGACAAGGAGAGGAAAGAAAUGGCUGCCAAGUUUGCGAGCGAACUUGAAGAAAAAGACAGUCUUCUCAAGGAGAUGACUUCUAAAUUUGAGGCGGCCAUUAAGCAGAGCCAGGAAGCGGAGGCGAGGCUUCAGCAGUUUGUCAAGCAUCGGGAGAUUGUUCAGAACCAAGCUGACAAGGUGCCCGUUCUCCAGCUGAAGAUCCGAGAGAAGGAUGCUGCCAUUCGGAAACUGGAGCAAGAGAGAGUUGACCUCUACACUGCUGAUCAGUGUAGGGAGCAAUACUGGAAUGGCAUCCUGGGCGCUCGGCGGAUGUUCGCGAAGCAUAUGCCUCAUUUCCCUUGGAAUGAGAAGGUUCCGCUCUGGAUGAGGGCCCAGGAUCACUUGGUGGAGUGCCAGGCCGAUCGAGACGAAGCUGAAGCUGAGCGCCAAGCUGCUCUUGCAGAGGCUCGGGCCCAGAAGGCGACUUCCGAAGGUGAUACUACUGCUGGGGGUUCUUCGAAGGAUGCUCCCCUGGGGGAUGCUCCUGAGACUCCCAAGAGUUAGGGAUUCGGGCAGUCGUCUUCUUCAGAGUCGGUCGGUUCCAGUUGAGGACUUCCGAACAUGUGCUUGCCUUUCCCCCUUUUGCCUCGGCGCUGCGUUGUACUCAUUUCUUUUUGCUUUCUUUAGUACUUCGGUAGGCCGGUAUUGUCUGUUGAUGGCUGCCGAUUUUAACUGUUUCAUUUUG